AUGUCGGGUGGCGGAAGGAACUUCUCGUUUGAGCCCCAAGAUGACAACACUGUGAAUGCACACGGACCGGACGCUCAGGCCAGUGCCCAGACACAGGAACAACCGCAUCUGUCUUACCAUCCCUCGCAGCAACCGCCAUACCAUGGGUCUCCACCCAGGGAUUUUGUCUCUCCUCCCCCCAGAUACGCCUCUACCUCGCCCAGUCGCGGCCAACAACUCUCUCCUCCCACAUCCCCUUGUCGACGUCCUGUCCCUCCAGACACACAUCUCCUCACCGACGUAUCCCCCCCGAGAGCGCUCUCUCGACGGCCAGCUCCUCGAGACUACGACGACGUAGACCCUCCUGCCCCUCCCCCUCCACCUCACAGGUCCAGUCCGAACAGACUCUCGAGAGACAAUCCCCAGUCCUACACCCCCUACUCGGCCGCCACCGCAGGAAUGGACUACUCUGGCAAUGGAGUAGCAGGAGGAGGAUUCAACCCGGCUCGUGAUAGCGGGCUUGAGGCUGCUCGCCCGUUUCCUCAGUCAUAUUCUCCAUACCAGCAACCACAACCCUCCUCACGGUUACCUGAGCGAACCUCAUACGGCUCGACAUUCGCCCUUGCCCAUGGCGCUGCCACUCCUGGUACCAUCACUCCUUCUCCCUCUCCGGGCCCCAGAUCCUCUGCCUACUCGGGCAGAAGCAUUCCCUUGGAGGAAUAUUAUUCCAAUCCCCAACAAUCACAACCUUACCCCAGCUACCACGAUCUUCCCCAUCAGUCAAGCAACCCCAGCGACUUCAUGAAUAUUAACCCAAACAACAUCCUCGACGAUGGUGAUGACGGCAUCCCACCGGCUGGCGGGCGAAGGGGUGGCGGGAAGGGCGCCGCCACCACUGCUGCUGCUGCUGCUGCAGGAACUGCUGGCUACCUAGGAGGUCUGUUUGGCCGUAGGUCAAAGAACCACACCCCUAGCGGCACCUACGACGCCGUGGGCGCGGCGCCUAAACCCGAGAGAAGUGAAUGGUUGGCAGAGCAGACUAAAGGGAAAAGAAAGAUGAAGUUGUGGGUGGGAGUUGCCAUUGGCUUUGUUAUCGUCAUCGCCAUCGUUGGAGGUAUCCUGGGUGGUGUGCUAGGCUCAAAAAGUUCGAGCAAUUCUGGCUCGUCUAGCGACGACACUAACAAUGCCGCCUCUGACACAGAGGCCAACGGAGAUCUCGACAAGAACUCGGCAGAGAUUAAGGCUCUCAUGAACAACCCGAACCUGCACAAGGUCUUCCCAGGAAUGGAUUACACCCCCUGGGGCACGCAGUAUCCUCUAUGCUUCACUUAUCCUCCCUCCCAGAACAACGUCACACGUGACAUGGCCGUCUUGUCACAGCUUACGAAUGUUGUCCGACUCUAUGGAACUGACUGCAACCAGACUGAGAUGGUGCUCCACGCCAUCGAUCGUCUUGAACUCACCGACAUGAAGCUCUGGAUGGGCGUUUGGAUUGACACCAAUCAAACGACCACAGAUCGCCAAAUGGAUCAGAUGUACAAGAUUCUAGCGGAAACAAAAGACCUCUCGGUGUUUAAGGGCGUCAUUGUCGGCAACGAAGCUCUCUAUCGGGCAGGUGUGGACAAAGCUCAGUCGGAGCAGGAGCUGAUCACCCUUCUGGACGGUGUCAGGACCAAGUUCAAAUCUCUCGGUUAUGAUCUCCCCAUUGCAACGUCGGAUCUCGGAGACAACUGGAACGCCCAACUUGUGCAAGCCGUGGAUUAUGUCAUGUCGAAUAUCCAUCCCUUCUUCGCCGGUGUCACGGCAGAAGUUGCAGCGAGCUGGACAUGGGAUUUCUGGCAAAAUCACGACGCCAUUUUGACUCAAGGAAUGCCAAACGUCAAGCAACUUAUCAGCGAGACUGGUUGGCCCAGUGGGGGUGGAGAAGAUUGUGGAGGCACUGACGGGUCUUGCGCACCCGGGCAGAGUGGAUCUGUCGCUGGCGUUGAUGGCAUGAAUACCUUUAUGGAUAACUGGGUAUGCCAAGCACUGUCAAAUGGAACCGAAUACUUUUGGUUUGAGGCAUUUGACGAACCUUGGAAGAUUAUCUAUAAUACUGCUAGUCAACAGUGGGAAGACAAAUGGGGUCUCAUGGAUCCAGGCAGGAAUUUGAAGCCAGGGCUGAAGAUUCCUGACUGUGACGGGAAGACGGUUGGGUCUUGA